GAGGGUUUGCUGGGACACUCUGCAGAGCAGCUAUAUCCUGAAAAAGCAGGGUUUAGCUGGUCACAUCUGCCCUGUGCUCCCCAGCAUGGAAACAGGGCACUGACGUGGCUGCUGUCUUCUCUCUGCUGGCAGAGGCAAAGGGUUCCUAGAAGAUGGGUGACUGGGAAUUCCUGCAGAAACUGCUGGACCAAGUCCAGGAGCAUUCGACAGUGAUCGGGAAGAUCUGGCUCACCGUGCUCUUCAUCUUCCGCAUCCUCAUCCUGGGCCUGGCCGGCGAGUCCGUGUGGGGGGACGAGCAGUCGGAUUUCGUGUGUAACACCAGGCAGCCGGGCUGCACCAACGUCUGCUAUGACAAAGCCUUCCCCAUCUCCCACAUCCGCUACUGGGUGCUCCAGUUCCUCUUUGUCAGCACCCCGACCCUGAUUUACCUGGGCCACGUUGUCUAUCUCUCCCGCAAGGAGGAGAAGCUGAAGAAGAAGGAGAGCGAGCUUCGCGCUGUGCACAGCAAGGAUCCGAAGAUCGAGCAGGCCCUGGCAGCCCUGGAGAAGAAGAUGUCCAAGAUCUACAUGACAGAGAGCGGGCGGCUCAAGAUCUGAGGGGCGCUGAUGUGGACCUACAUCACCAGUGUCAUCUGCAAGAGCAUCUUUGAGGCCGGUUUCCUCGUGGGCCAGUGGUACCUGUACGGCUUCUCCAUGGUGCCCCGCUACGUGUGCAAGAGGGACCCCUGCCCCCAUCAGGUGGACUGCUUCAUCUCCCGCCCCACCGAGAAGAGCAUCUUCAUCAUCUUCAUGCUGGUGAUGGGCCUGAUCUCCUUAGUCCUGAACCUCCUGGAGCUCUUCCACCUCUGCUGCAAGAGCCUGCUUAGCAACAUCAAGAAAGUGUCGGGGCCAGCUGGACCGAGCCAGGACACCUUUGUGGAUGACAUGGUCUCGAGUCCCUACUCUCCCAAGCACUAUCCCUUCCUGCCCAUGGCUGAGAGCCAUGCACCCUCCUACCAGACCUACAACAAGCUCUCCAGCGAGCAGAACUGGGCCAACUACCGCAACGAGGAGAACCUGGCCCUGGGCAGUGGCAGCAGGCCCCUGUCGGACCCCUACGCCCCCGGGGCUGCUGAAGCCUCUGCCCCGGAGGAGAAGCUGGGCAGCCGGCCCGGGAGCUCAGCCUCCAAAAAGCAAUACGUGUAGUGCCGGGCUGGCCCCGGCCUGCAGGGGGACAUUCCUCGGUCCCUUGUCCCUGCAAAGGUGCUGGCUGUGGUCAGGCAGCCGCCUCCUGCCCGGCUCUGUGCUGUACACAUUCCCCUCUGGAGGCUCCAGAGACCUGCCCGCCCUGGGAUUGGGAUGGGAUGCUCGGGCCGCGGAGCUCUCGCCGGUUUUCCUCACAGACCCUGCAAGGAAGGAAACUGCACGAAGUUCCCCGGGACAGCGUGUCCUGUGUGCCUUGCCGUGGGAAAGGGAGAAAGGCCUGGAGCCACGCCGUGGAACAGGCUGUCCCCAAGGCAUGGCUGGAGGCUGCUGGCCAUUGGGAGCUGCGGUUCAGCCAGACCCCAGAGCCGGGAGUGCAGCCGUGGGAAGCUGCUCGUCUGCAGCCUCCACACGGAGCAGGCUGAGCCGGGAACUGCUGGGAACAGCUGGGCUUGGGCAGCACUGACCGAUCCUGGCCACCAGCCCCAUCCCGUUCCAGUGGCUCUGGCACCUGCCCAGGGUUUGCUGCACAAGCUGUCCCCUCCCCAUGGGACACGGAGGGGUUAAGCCAGCUCUGUUGUCACCAGCAGAUCCCUGGGUCACUGUGGGUGCCCCAGGAGUGUGAGUUCCUCCCCUCCCAGCCCUGGGCUCUUUCCCAUGGGAUGUGUGCCUUUAAGUUAUUUUUAACCUGCUGGGCUGAGCAUGGAGUUUCUGCCUUAAAGGUGCAGUUUGCAGGGACUUUGGGGAGCCGUGUCCAGCCUGGCCAUGUGCCUUGGAGCCCCGUGGGGUUUAGGGAGGAAUCAGCCCAGCACCUGAUAGUUUGGGGGUUUUGGGGUUUUUAUUACUUUGCACUAGUCAUCUCCUGCUGAGGGGGAGGGGGGGCUGGAAGGACAAAUUGUUGUCACCCUGACUUCCCCAGCCCACUGAUGCUGUGAGAGGGGAUUGUCCUGCUGUGACCAAGGGGCUGCAGGUCCUGUGUGACCCAGGUGAGAGGGUGGGGUGUGUGCACUGCCCUCAGCACUGUUUCCCUUCCCCUGGCAGAUUCCAUGUUGCAUCUUGUUGAAUAA